AAAAUGGACUCUACAGAUUCUGAGAUAUGCGGAUGUGAGAGCUCAAACUUUAUUCCUUCAUCUGAAUCCGAUCCGCCGCCUCCAGUUUCUUAUCAUGUAGCGGAAUGCAAACCUGGUGAUAUUCGCACAGAAGAUUGUGAUACUAACACUGAAAACCAGCAAGCCUUUGAUAUAUCUGAUACUGCAGUAUCAGAUAUAUCAAACUGCAGUCUUCAGAUACCAUAUAUGGUAUCUGAAGACUGCAGUUUUGAGUCUCUCAAUCCCACUCAAAACCAGCGCAAUUUUACUCAGGCAGAUGACUUCCGAGACUUAUCGAAGGAGAAUUCAGAUCCUUCCAAAUGUAAGAAAUUAGACUACAAUUCAAUAUCUAACACACUUGCACCUAGUUCAAAACAAUUCUCAGAAUGUGUUUUAACAAGCAACACUAAACCAUUCAGCCCGCUAAAUCGGAUCAGAAAAUCACUGGGCCAUGCUGAAGAUUUAUUUACCAAAGUUUCCGAGCCAGCAAUGCGUUUGUCAGAGCCUUUGAUUGCAAAUAAAGUCACCACCAAUUUAUGCAACAGUCCUUUUUUGUCUGGACUAGACUCGCAUUCAUCUUCAUUAGCACGGUUGCCUAAUUCAGCUUCGAUUUUAAAUAGCAGCGAUGGUGGUGGCGAAGAAGGUGAUUUAUCAGCUAUGCAUGAUCAUGAGAAUUUAUCUCUUACUGAAUCUGAUAGUCUAAUGAAGAAUAAAAAUGUAGAACUAACGAUUAAAAAUACAUCCGAACUUGUAGGAAAUGAAGUCGCAGAGUCCGUAGAUUCAAUUUUAGCCGUUAGUUUAUCUGCAGUAGUUUAUCGAAUGGAUAAUACGAACGAAGUAGUUUUUGAUAACCGUUUUAAUGUCAAAGUAAAUGAUGCAAAUCUCAAUGCUGCCUAUAAGUGGGUGCAAAUAAAUAGUGCGAAAUUAAUAGGUGAAUUGAGCCUUUUGAUGAACUCGAAUAACUGUAUUACAAAUCAGGCUAAGGCAACAAGCGAUUCCAUAUUAUCAACAUCACUAACAACUGAUUCAUCUAAUGCGAAUGUUUUAAGCUCAAAAUCUCUUUUCAGUUCAGCUAGUAUAUCCGCAUCGAAUUCUGAUUCUAUUCAACGAAAAGCCGAAGAUAAUCAUUGUACUGAUACUCAUCAUGGACUAUUUAAAUCACCAGGUCGUAAUUCAUCUUCUGGAUCUGAACUUUUUAUACCUCGCUCAAAGUAUAAAUUAAAUGUUGGGGAAUUCGUUGGCAAAUGUUCGAUUCGCGCAAGUACAACAUCGUCAUCAAGUUCUGAUCUUUUCAUUCCUCGUCCAGCAAAUAAACGCAUUCGUGACCUAAAGGAUAAACCAGAGUGUGAAUCUAUCACGGUAAAUACGACAAUAGAGUCUAACUUGCUGUGUUCAAGUUUACUUCCUUCAUCUCAUAGUUCAAAUAAUAAAUCAUUACAUGAUCUCACUCAUCGUCCCUCAUUGACUUUGGUAAACGAAACAUCUGAAGAUACAACAAAUGAAUCAUCUCAUUAUUCAAACACUGAAGCAAAUCAACUUGUUCCACAGACUGAUACAGAGUAUAUAUCGGAUUCACAUAGUGGUGCAACGUUGGGGACGAAAACUCAAGUUACAGGAACUGAAAAUACUGCUGUCACUUCAGGCGAACAAUUUGUAUAUGGCAAAUGGAAAACGGAAAAAAAUUAUUACGCUGGUAAAAUAUAUCCUACUGAAUCUGGUUCAAGAUGUUUUGUUAUUUUCGAAGAUGGAACAAGAGCAAGAAUCAAACAAUCUGAUUUGUUUGUAGCAUAUUUAUUACCUGUUGGAGCUGAGGUCAGUGCUGAAUUAAAAGAUGAUAACGAAUAUUGGGGUGAUUGUGUAAUUCAAGCCCAUUUGAGUGAUCCUGAACGCCCGUAUAAAGUUUUUUGCCGUACUACAAAUGAAGUUUAUUUUUUACGACGGGGUCAAGUAUCGAUACGUGAGUCAGAAGUUGAUAAUUUGAAAAAACGAUUACUAUUACCUUCAAAUCCUUGUGAUAUUCAAAGUUCAGUUGAGAAGGGAAAUAGCACUAGCAUGAAUGAUAAUUCUAUAACGAAAAUAUGUGCAAGCCCAGAAGUUAGUCUGUCCAACUUAGUGUUUGACAAGAGAAAGUCAAAACCAAAACUUUAUCGAUCCAGUUGGAUCACACCGAUGAAACAAUUAACAGAUGUUCGGAACGAUGUCACUGAUCAACAUUGUAAAACAUUGCCGAGUAAACUUGCAUUGUCUGCACAUCUACGCAAACGAUAUAGAAAUCAGUUUAAACGAAAAUUACCAACAACUUCUGUUCGAAUUAACGCUUUACGAAAUAGAUCUGGUAGUCUUAGUGAACGUCCGAGUCUAGUCAAGAGACAACGUCUUUCUGAUUUGUUUUCGGAUGAUGAAAAUUUAUUAACGCAACCUAUGUCUCUGCAAACACCUGUUUCAAAGACAGAAACUUCCAGCAAAGAAAACGAUUCUAAUCAAAUAAUUUGUAAAAAAGCGCAAUCUUCUGCCUCACCAAAGUCUAGAACAUCGAUUGGUUUACUUAGAUCAUUAAGUCAUAAUUUGGAUAUACCGAUUCCCAGUUCAACCGUGUUCCAUGGAUGGACUAUCAUUCUUACAGGUGGAGCUAAAAACUACAAUUCAAAUCAAUCCAUUGAUCGUAAUCUUUUGGAACAAUUGAUUAUUGCAUGUGGUGGAGAAAUUGCCUCGGAAAUCAAUCCAUAUUUACUAAAUAGAAGAUGUGGUUGGGAAAGUCCUGAAUUAGAUGAUAAUUUCCAUCAAAAAAAAAGUCAGUCUGCAAAUUUCGUAGCUUUAGUUUCAACAGACUGUUGUCGCACAUUAAAAUAUUUUCAAGCACUCGCUACAUUAGGCAGUGUCCCAUUACUUCGUAUUGACUGGUUGUUAGAUUCAUGCCGUGAAGAGGCUAAAACAUACGGCACUGAAGCAACGUCUGAAGAAGCUCGUAAUUGGCCAUUAUACUUGUUGCGUGCAUAUCCUGGUCGCUAUGAAUUACCUCGGGGAUUUAUAUCUGGAUCUUCUGAACCUAUUAGUUGGUGGUCUGUGCCUGUACGAUAUCGUUCACCAGCUUAUCAAACGGUUCCUGCUCCAUCAUUGUUUAACUUACUUGGAGAUUGGGCGGAUGAUGGAACUAGUUUUCGUUUGGUAGCUAUAGUUACUAACGAUCUUAAGGUGUUUGGACCUGGUUGGUUGAAUAUUUUAUCUUUAGCUUGUGGGUCUAAUAACGAAACAGAUGAGUUGGGCAAUUCAUCAAAUCGAAUUCCUUUAAUACAUUUAUCUGAAAUAUCUCAAAAACUAUCUGAUUUGUUUCCAUCUGUAAGAUGCAGAUCUAAAGCAACCGAAAAGAAAGUAAAUCUUGUGCUGGUGGACAAAAGUCACAUCAACCAGUCUGCGUUCGCGUUUAUGAAAACAUUACCUAUUGAAAUGGUUACUUGCGACUACUUUAUUCAUUCACUUAUCUGUGGACAUUUAGUUGACCCAAAGUCUUCUCCAUAUUUUUCGCCAAUAGUAUAAGCAUCCAGCUAAAUUAUAAUACACAUACUUAUUAAAUUUCAUACACCUUCUCUUGUAUUCCUUCUUUUCUCUUGUCCAAGGGCGGUUGCUAAUCAUUUCGUUAAGAUCGAUUUCAUUAACGUUGUAGUCAGAUAUUAUUAAUGAUGCUCAAAUUUUAUUAAAUUAUUCAACUUUUGAUCACUGUACUUUUAUUAUUUACAUUUUUUACGUAAUUUAAUUGUAUGAGGAUAUUGGUAGCCGUUAAGAAUUCUUAUUCAAAAGACUUCUUCAAAUUUUUUUUAUGAGAAAAGCGAUUUUAACUACAUAAAUCUAAACUCAUAUGUCUAUUCACGACAGGUCACAUAAAUCGGGACGAAUAAACAAUGUACACACCCAUAAACCCACUUUUUUAAUAAAAACAAUUCUAUAAAUUUUGUUCCCUCUCUAUUUAAUUUUAUCAAAAUAAAUUCAAUGUUUUAGGCAAUUCAUUGCAAUCUUAAUAUCUGAUUUAUUAAAUCAAAAAUUUACUAUACUACAAAAUUGCUAAAGGUUUUAUAAAACAUAUUUCAUUAUUAUUUUAUAUCUUAGCAUUGUUUUGUAAUCCUUUGACUAUGAUGAUAAUCUCCUGUGCAUUUUUAUUUAAGUCAUUUAUAAUGUUUGUUUGUUUGAUUGUUAC